UCCCAAGGUGCUGCCCAGUUGUGUAUUCUUCGGCGAUUCGCACGCGGCGGCGGCGAGCGGCCUCGAAAGCUCGGACCUGCAGCGCUCCAAGCGGACGCUGGCCGUCAGCGGCCGACGAUGCGGCGCCGGCUCCUGCUCUCCCUGGUGCUGGUGUCCCUCAUCGGAGCCGGACAGACCAACGAGAUCUUCUCGUCGGUGUCCCACAUGAACGACCUGGUCUCCCUGGAGCGGAGGCUGGCCUACAAGGUCGGAGACUUCCUUCACCGCAUGGAGACCAAGCUGGGCUACCUGAGAAGUUUCUUGAACGACUACUACCAAACGACCGCGACGCAAGACUUGCAGUUGACGUCUUCGGAAGAGUUAUUCGGAAGUAGCACAGCUAGUCCCAUUGACGCCUACACCACCAUCAAGAGGCUCUCGGUGGACUGGAACGAGAUCGUCAACCAGUUCAGGGAACCUGACUGGCUAGAAAUUGAGCGGCUCAUGAUGGAGUCGAACGACACGUUUCCGAGGCAGACGGAUCUGGUGGACGCUGGCGAAGCCCUCAUCCGUCUGCAGAAAACGUACAGGCUCAACCUCACUGACCUGACAAGGGGCAUUAUCAUGGGGCACCAGUCCAUGGCAUAUCUUUCAGCUAGGGACUGUUUCUACUUCGGGCAAUUGCUUUACAAUAAAGCCGACUACGAACACGCAACGCAGUGGUUUCAGGAAGCCUUGACCAAAGUGAACUUCGAGAAGCAACCAUCCAUAACGCCGAGGUCCAUCCAUUCCUAUCUUUCCAGCAGCCUAGAACUGAUGGAGGAGCAGCAACGGAACGAGGAGGAACGCUCCAGCGAUAUGAGCGCCGAAGUGCCGUGUUCCCAAACACCGCAGAAUGCUGGGAGAGGAUACACCGACGCCUUCAGCGCACUUUGCCGAGGAGAGAAGAUUCGGAAUGCGAGCGAAGAAAAAGAUUUGUUCUGCAUGUACGACGUGCCCCAUCCUUACUUCAAGAUUGGACCCGUUAAAGUGGAACAGAUGAACAAAAACCCUUACGUGGUCCAGUUCUACGACGUCCUCUGGCCACAGGAGAUCAAGGCUUUCCGCAGAAUGGGAGAUCCGCAGCUGGAGCGGGCGACUGUGCGGGACACGGCAAGGAACACGGUGUCCCACGGGCGUGUGAGUCAGGUGGCCUGGAUCAGCCCCGACUCUGACGUGCUGCUGGAUCGAGUGAACGCCAGGGUUGCCAUGCUCACGGGGCUCUCCACAGACUACGAGAAGGGAGACUCGGAAAUAUUUCAGUACAAUUCUUACGGACCCGGUGGCCACUACGAACCGCAUCACGACUACCUGUUUGAACACUAUACACCUGAACAGAGAGAAGAGCUGGACGAAGUCGAUAAACUCGGCGGAGACCGCAUUGCCACUUUCAUGUUUUACCUUUCUGACGUGAACUUGGGCGGCUCUACUGUAUUUCCCUACGCCAAGGCAGGAGUGAUGCCAAAGAUGGGUUCAGCAGCGUUCUGGUACAACAUGCGAGAAGAUGGAAGCUACGACCGGGCUACCCUUCAUGGUGCCUGCUCUGUGUUACAUGGCACGAAACACGUGGUUAAUCUUUGGUUUCGAACUAACGGUCAGACGUUCAAGAGGCCAUGUCCCGCGAAAAGACAAGACUCCUGAGUGCGCCCGCACUCGUCUGUGAUAUUCCCGUGUCCUUCGCUCCCGCUGGGGAG